CUUGGUUCCACCUGAGAGGAAACAUGGCAAAAAGAUCAGAUUUUGCACAGAAGCUUUUAGAUGAUCUCCGGGUGCGGAAGGAACGAAUGUCUGCUUCUCAAAGCUCAAAAAGUUCAAAGGCAAUAGCAGCAGAUGCAUAUUCUUAUUCCAAGCGCGCUUAUAGAGGAUCCACAGAAAUGAAAACGCAUCAAACUAUUGUCUUAAAAAAUGGAAAUACACGCCCCAAGUCUAUGGGAGGCAAUAGGCCAGUCUCCAUUGGAGAGGGUUCAGAACAGAUUGUUCCUUUUGGGAGAGGUAAAAGCUCAGAACACAUUGGAGAUCUAUCCAUGGCACUGGCUUUUGCUCUUGAAAAUGGAGGAAGCCUCAGAAGAAUGGAUUCAUCUGGCAAUAGUUCAGUGCUGGGUUUCCUGAAUCAGAUUAGCAGACGAUCAGUAGACAUGGGCAAGAUGGAAAGAAGCAGCAUUGAUAGGCACAGCUCCUCAACUAGCCGCUUCCCUAACCUUCCUCAUCUCCAUCUCAAAGAGAUAUCUAAAGGGGCACAAAAAUUAAAUCAGAUCCUGAGAGCCUGCUCUAAUGGUGUUAACUUUGAUAGAUAUUCAAUAGAAAUUGGAAGGGAGCUAUUGAAGGGGGCCAUGGAUUUAGAAGAGUCCCUCCGCAUGCUAGUAAACCUGCAAGAAGCCUCAGAAUACAUGAUCAAACCACAAAGCAAAACUCGGAUCACAUUGCUUGAUGAUGAUGAAGAUGACAAUGAUAUCACCAUGAAAACAGAUGAGAAUAAGCAACUUGCUCGGCCAAUAUUCUCAUUUGACAAGCCUUCAAAGAAUUCUCAAUACAUCCAGGAAGCUGCAAGAACUGAUCUCAAGCAAAGGCUAAUGGCCCUGACUUACAAAUCGAAAACUACAAACUUCAGCUAUGAUAAUCACAAUUUAAGCACCUCACAUUCCACUUCUCAGAGGCAAUCAGCUAGCUACAACCCCAAUAUUAAAACUUUCACAGCUUUCCCAGAGCAAAAAUAUCAUUCAGGUCCAUUAAUACCAAAACCAGAAAAUGGGAGAAUCCCAAAUGUAAUUGCAAAAUUAAUGGGGCUGGAAGAACUUCCAGAAAAUGAUGAUUCAAAGGAUAUGGCAAAGAAAGAGAACAGUUCCAAGGGAAAAACUGAUCGGACAGUUGCAAAAAAAACUGCAGAAGUUACACAUGAAAGGAAGAUGAAAGAUCCCGGGAAUUUGGCGUCAACAAUCAGAAAACAUAAAAAGAUGCAGCACAACCAAAUUCAAUUGACCCAGGACACAACAAAUAGCACGAAAGCAGAAAGGAACCUAGCAAAUCAACAUGCUAGCUUUGAACGGACUAUUCAAGAUAGAAAAUUACAGCAGAAGGAUGUGGAAGGGAUAAAACCAAUGAGAAGCUCAAACAAGGCCAACAUGAAAAUAGGCAAGCAUCUGAGCAACAUUGACCAAUCAAGCCAAAGCAUAAAAAGUCGAAAGGAUAUUCAGGAGAAAGAGAGAAAAAAGGCUAAUCCAAAGCUGAGAGGACAUAAAGGCAAAGAAAAAGGUGAAACUAAGGAACUAAUCCUAAACCAUCAGCUACAGCAGAUGACACAUGGGAUGCCAAAUGGAUCUGAAGCUGCAAUUGCAUUUCAGGGGCAAGCAGAAUGCAAUUUAAUCAUGCUUAAAACAGAAAUAAGAGAUGCACGUGUGCUACUAUCCAACGUACAACCAAAGUCUGCCAACAAUCUUGCAUUCCAACAGCAUCAAAUGCUCCAAGGUUUUGAGUCAUUAGACAUAAAGCAUCGUGCAGUAGAGAAUGAGCAGCAGAGUGCUAAACAGAUGAUACAAGUGAGAAGGCAAAUAAGAAGUGAAUCCAGGAGCUCGCCAAAAAAGUAUUCACACACAAGCCAAGCAACAACUAAUAAUGGAAGCUUCAUAGAACCAACGGGUACAAUGCAAUCCAUGGGAUUCCGAAAUAAGGGGGACCAUGGAGAUCUUGUUCAAGACAAUAAUUCUCCUAAUUUCAAUGUUUCAGUGCAAGAUUCAAUGAAUAACUCAAAUCUAAAUUCGUCUCCAAGAAAUGUGAACUCUGAAGUAAUGAGAGAAAAAAAUAUAACCACCAUUCCACCAUUAAUAGAAGAGAAACCUGUACAUCUACCUGCUGUGCAGAAGGUAAAGGUUGCAAGAGUUCAAAAGGCUGAUGUUCCUCAAAAGAUUGAUGAACUGGUGGCAAGAAGAAGUGGAAAUCCUCACAACUUGGGAAGGCCACUGAAACAUCAGACUUCCAUGUUGCCAGAAGCAAAGCAGAGAAGGCAUAACACAGUUGGUCAAUCCAAGGAAGAAGAACAAGUGAGAUCCAACAGGUCCAACGAAGCAGAGGCAGGCAUUCCUAAAUCCAAGAAAUCAGUAUCAAGCACACAACAACCAAGACUGUUGAAAGAACUACAAAGUCAACCUGAACAAGCUUCCAACUUGUGCAUUCCUCCCAUGAAUGACGAGUGCCAGAGCAUAAAAGGACCAGAAAUCCUACCUCCAGAUGAAAAUUCAUCGUCAGUGAUAAAUGAUCAACAAUGUUAUGAACCUGAUUUUGGCAUAGACAAACACACAUCUCAUAGCAUUGUCUUGGAUCCACUUAAUAGAAAUCGUGAAGGCAAGAUAGAUAUAAGUUACACCCCACAACUGGAGAAUCAAAAAGUAUAUGGAUUGGAAACACUAGAGCCGCUAACAGAAAGUGAAAAUCACCUCAAGCAAAUCCUGAUUAAAAGUCAGCUAUUUCUUAACACAGCAGAAGCACUUUUUAAACUCAAUAUUCCUCUUGACAUUCUCCAUGCUGGUGAUCGUGACUGCCACGAUGAACAGCGCAAGCUCAUAUUGGACUGUGGCUAUGAAGUAAUGAAACGAAAAGGGAAAAGGCAAGAGCUUAGCGUUCAUCCUUUCAUGAGGAUUUCUAUCACUUCAUUUAAGGUAAGAUCCUUGUAUGACUUGAUUAAGCAGUUGCAAAAAGAUAUUGGGAAGUUAAAACAUAAAGCAGAAUGCACUGUUGAAGAUUACCUCCCCAAAAUGCUUGAGAUUGAUGUCUACAACAGGGAUCUAGAUGUUAAUUGUAUGUGGGACUUCGGUUGGCAUGAGAUGAUGUUUGCAUUUCUCGAAAAAGAUGAUGUUAUAAGGGAUGUGGAGAGGCAUUUGCUCAAUGCACUCCUCGAUGAGGUUACUGGAGAUCUUAUGCUAGUAUUUUGAUUACAUUUAAGAACAACACUAUGUAAUGCAUAAAAAGAAAGUUUGCUUUUCAUUCUGGUGCACAGCAAACAAAAUAAUUUGUGUGGCACAUAUGUGAUUUUCACCCAAUAUAACUUCAAUUAUACUGCUUAUUUUUGC